AAGCGGAUGAAGCCAGGCAAGACACAAACCAAAAAGGAGAGAGAUGUAUACAUUCCUUCCACUGUCACCGUCGCUCGAUUGGCGGAUAUCUUCGGUGUGAAAUUAUUCCAGCUUCGAAGACGUAUGCUUGGCAUUGGUAUCAAUGAGGAUCAGACACGGGCGACUUGGAGCGAUGCAGAAGAGGCCUGCAACGUGGCUCUGGAAUUUGGAAUGAACCCAAUUGUGGAUGACGAGAAGAGCUUUGAUUUGUAUCCCGAGCCAGAGACGGAAUCUGGACAAGUGCAACCUCUUCGGCCUCCAGUGGUCACCAUCAUGGGACAUGUGGACCAUGGCAAGACAACCCUCCUCGAUGCGCUUCGUCAUACAGCCGUAGCGGCUGGUGAAGCUGGAGGGAUCACCCAACACAUUGGAGCUUUUUCAGUCCCUCUCUCUUCCUUAUCCCCGUCCGCUUCACCCAACUCAACGAUUACGUUCCUCGAUACACCCGGUCAUGCCGCUUUCACCGCGAUGCGUGCGAGGGGAGCGAGUGUUACAGAUAUUGUCGUUUUGGUCGUUGCUGCUGAUGAUGGUGUCAUGCCACAAACGAAAGAGGUUAUCAAUCUCGUCAAAAAUUCGGAUGUGGGGUUAGUGGUAGCCAUCAACAAGUGUGAUAAACCGGGAGUUGACAUUGAAAGAGUCAAACGUGAUCUAGGUGCUGAAGGUCUUCUACUCGAAGAAGAUGGUGGAGAUGUUCAAAGUGUCAAAGUAUCAGGUCUCACCAAGUCGGGUCUUGACGAGCUGGUGGAAACUAUCUCAACAUUGGCGGAAUUACGUGAUUUGCGUGCUAGACAAGAUGGUAAAGCUGAAGGCUACGUUUUAGAAUCAAGAGUUGAUAAAGGCAGAGGAAACAUUGCUACUGUCUUGGUCACCCGUGGAACAUUGAAUGUAGGAGCCUCAAUCGUAUCCGGGACCACAUGGUGUCGCGUUCGACAAAUGUUAGAUUCACGAGGUCAAGAAACCCAUUCUGUCCCUCCUGGUACACCUAUAGCAGUGACGGGAUGGAAAGAAUUACCUUUGGCAGGUGACGAAAUGCUCGAAGCUCCCAAUGGAGAAGAUGAGGCUAAACGUGUGGUUGAGAAUAGAGAAAGAGAUAUCGAAAUGAAAAAACUCAUGACGGAUUUGGAAACUUUGAAUAUCAAACGAAGAGGAGAUAGGGAAACUCUUUUGGCUGAACGUGAAGAAAAACAAGCUGCUCAUAAAGAGAAGAGAGCCGUGAGACAUGUUAAUGUAGGACAUGAAGAAGGGGAGGAGAGGAGAGAAUUACGACUGGUCAUAAAAGCUGAUGUUAGUGGGACUGUUGAAGCUGUCGUAGGAUCUUUAGAAGCUAUAGGAAAUAAAGAAGCAGGUGUCAAGGUAGUACAUACUGGUGUUGGAGAUAUAACAGAAUCAGAUAUUGAUUUUGCCUCUGCUUCAGAUGCCACCAUAAUAGGUUUCUCCGUUGAAGCCUCUCGAUCCAUUCAAAACCUAGCUAAACAAUCUUCCGUGACCAUUCAUGUAGAUCAAGUAAUCUAUCGUCUCAUCGAUCUUGUCCGUUCUCGAGUCUCUUCACUUCUCCCACCAAAGAUCGAAAAACGUGUAUUGGGAGAAGCUUCCGUACUUCAACUUUUCCCCAUCACUAUCAAACGUAAAACGAGUAUGGUUGCCGGUUGUAGAGUCAAUAAUGGGAUAUUGAAAAAAUCGGAUAAAGUAAGGGUUUUACGUGGGACAGAGAGGAAAGAAGUGUUUGAAGGAAGUAUACAUUCUUUGAAACAUUUGAAAAAAGAUGUUGAAGAGGUACAUAAAGGUAUGGAAUUUGGGAUACAGAUGGAAGGUUGGAACGAAGUGAAAGAAGGGGAUGAAGUGGUUACUUUCAAUACAAUCGAAAUCCCUAGAGAGAUCUAG